GACAGUUAGCGACUGUCGUGCGCAUGCGUGAAUGAAAGAAUGAAAAUACUUCGCGCGUUUUGCGCUGAACCUGUCAAAGCCAUCACAUAAACUGUUAUCAUGUCAUGUUUCUUGGCGACAUUUGAUAUUACGUCAGAAAGAAGAGGCCAGGCGGCAAUAAAGCUGUUCCUCUGAAGAAAAAUGGCACCGGGGCAGGACACUGAGUUGGAUAAAGUCAUUGACGAGGUGUUAAAGAGUGGGGAUGUCCAAGCACUGGAUGUUUUCUUGCAAAGGGACAUAUAUGAAGAGGCCCCCAUAAAAUGUUCCCAACAGUUUCUCACCAAAUUGGAUAAACUUGUCAGGAGGAGUUUGGAUCAAAAAGAUUUCAAGUCAGCCAGUUUGGGUCUCGCUAUCCUCUACAAGUGUGGGAAACAACUGAAACUACCUGGUGGUUGUCAAGGACUGUCAGGAAUAAUAGCUCAAGGCCUGCUCAAAAAGAUGGUGCAUUGGUUUGAGAAAUGCAGGCAACUGUGGAUCCAUUGUGGCCCGCAGUGGAAUGAGACCUUGUUCAACCUCUCUGAGGACUUCUUUGAUGCCUUAAUGGUGGUUCAUGAAGCAUGCAAAGAGGGAACAUACAAAAUCACAGAGUCUUUCCUGUAUCCCGUUGGUCAAUUGGCAGUAGAUCCCAGAAUCUACAUCCUGAUCCAAAAAGAGGCAAUCCGUAAAUUUAACUUAAUUCUGGACAAGAUCCCAGUGGAGCUCAAGAAAGAGAGGAAGAUCCUAACAUCACAGGAGGCCUCAGAUAUCAUGAUCAAGCUGGCUGGUCGUAUUUUGAAGGGCGGUGAUUACGACUUGCAGACAGCCCUGAUGGAGGCAUUGUGCAGAAUGGCCACUCCUGACCAGAGGAAGGAGCUGGCAGACCGCUGGUUCAGCAUGGAGCAUGUGGCCAGUGCCUUUGUCAAGAUCUGUGAUUCUGAGUUUGAGACGGAUUGUCGGAAGUUUCUGAACUUGGUGAAUGGGAUGCAGGGAGACAGGAGAAGAGUGUAUUCCUAUCCUUGUUUGGAGGCUUAUCUGGACAAGCAUGAGCUGCUGAUGCCCGCUGAUGAGAAGCUGGAAGAAUUUUGGAUCGACUUCAACCUUGACAGCCACAGCAUCUCCUUUUACUUCUCUUUGUCUGAUGAAGAAGCACAGGAGGGCCAGUGGGAAACAAUAUGCAUCAAUGAGAAUGAAGUCCAAAGCUACACUGUUACAGAGGAGGGCAAGAGGAAAGUAGUGCAGUUAAAGUUGUCAGACGUGGUGGUCGUGGGUGCAGUGGAAGGAUCAAGUCUUACCAUCCACUUCAGCUCCUCCCUGGACAUCCUGCAGGCUGCUCAUACCGUCUUUGGACACAGCAAAAACAAAGGCUUUGUGGGGAAGACAGGCACAUCUGUAGUGAAGACUACAGUUAAAAUUAUAAUGGAAGAUAACAGCUCACAGGUUGUUCCAGAGAGUCAGAUGUCCAUUGGUGAAAGUGAGAAAAUUACUGCCCCCUACCACUUACCUGCCCCGUCUGCCCCUUUACAGAUGAUCACCCCAACCAGGAUGAGGAUGUCAGAGUCUACCACCUUCAUCAGCAGCAGUGGAGGAGGAAGUGUGCAUGGUGCCAGUUCUGUCUCUGCUGUUAUGUCAUCAAACACUUCAGCUAAGCGUAAAGGGAAGCCAUCUCUGGAGAUGGUUCGUUCUUGUGAUAGGCAAGGGGAAUUUUACCUGGGAGAGCUAAGGACCACUGCUAAGAGCUGCAGUAGUGUCACAACACCUAACAGCACAACAGCAGGUGGCAUGACAGAGCAGAGUGCUACAUCUCUACAGAGCACGGCUCCCAAACUGUCCAAUAAGAAUAAGGUUGGCAAACACAACAAGAGCAUACCAGUGGCAAAAGCAGUAGAUGUGGUUUUAGCUGGACAGGGAGAAGAACAGUCUCUGGAGCCUAGUUUUUUGCCUGACACCCAGCCCAGAACUGGGAGGAACAUAUCUUUGAACUGGAACAAACUGUCAGUUUCUGAAAUGCUAAUGAUGCCCACACAGAAAAUGUAUUCUGUGCCAAGACCUGAGAAUCGAUUCAGUUUGGCACAACAGCAGGAGCGCCUGUCCUCAGCACAGACAUUGUCAGGUCCAGGCUCAAGCUCAGUCAGCCAAAAGCAACUCCAUACCAAACUCACCCAGCGCCUGCAGCAGGUCCUCAGUGAGAGGAGCCGAGAUCCUGCACAGCAGGAGCCACCUGUACCCCAGAUAAAAAUGUCUGAUAUCAGAGAGGACUCUAAAGGCAGAAGUUCUGCAGAUCGGUGUGCUUCAAUACUUUGUCCACCCGAAGAGCAGCAGGCCCAGAGAAAUGGCGUGGCCAAAGGGAAAAGAAAACACCAGAUGUCACUGGAGGCAGAUGCUACUCCAAUCACAGCUCCAGCCAAGGCCUCCACAACCAAAGCUCUGAAGAAGAGAGUAUCAGCAAAUGUUAAGGUUGAAACUAAUAGGGCCCUUUCAAGCAAAGAGAAGAAAGAUGCAGAGGUUGCAGGCAGCAUGGUGGAGCUCAUCUCUAGCCGUUAUAAGAUUAAUACCCAAUCCACAGCAAAAGAUACUGCAGAAGGUUUCCCUAAGAGCUGGAUUCCUCCUCUUUUCAACAGGCCUAUCUUCAAUAUGAGCUGGUUAUCAACUGCUAAAGUAAGUGAUCAUAAAGGAGAAUCUGGAGACGUGAGCCUAAUAAAAUCCUACAGCCAAAUCACAACAAACUCUUCAAGGCAGAGAAAAGAUAUUUUUGCAUUCAACAUUGAUGAACCAUUGAGUGUUAAGGGAAAGAACAAAGCCUUCACUAACACUUCUGCCAUAUCAAGCAGUGACAUCCAUGACUCCUCAGCACUCCUCAGCACAACCAAGAAAGGACAGCCUGUUGCAAAAGGAAAGAACAAAGCCUUCACUAACACUUCUGCCAUAUCAAGCAGUGACAUCCAUGACUCCUCAGCACUCCUCAGCACAACCGAGAAAGGACAGCCUGUUGCAAAAGGGAAGCGGUAUGUGAAGAAGCAUCUGUUUAGUGACACAGACUAUGUCACGACAGAUGUCAGCUGGCUGAGGGAAUCGAGCAGGAAACCCAAACCCAAAGUUACCACAUACUCCAGGCAGGCACCCGUCAAGCCUAAAGCUGUAUCACCUCAUACUUCAUAUGAAUCCCCAGAUUUACCCCCACCCUCUCAAAAACUUGUAAAGGGCAAUGCCAAACCCAAAAAGAAGAAGCCUGGUGUGCAGGAGAGAGUGGAGCAGCCAAACAAGACAGUAAAGCCAGCAGUAGCACCCAGCAGACCACACGCAGCAGGCAGGAGGCCCCGGAGAAGUGCAGCCACCUUUAAGAACUACAGGGAGCCAGACACUGAUGACAGCCAGUCGGAAUCAGAGAAGCCUCCUGUUCCCAAGGCAAAUGCAUCCCCUAUAUCUUAUUACUUCCCUAAUCAUCUGGAGAAUGCUGAGAAAACCCACGAGGCUGCUCAAGUGACAAAGAAAAAGGCUGCCAGAAAACAACCAACUAAAAGCUAUAGGAAGCUAGAUAGCAGCCAGUCAGAGUCUGAGUCUGUGUCAGAGCAGCCAACCACUUCCAAGAAAUAUUUUGUAGGCCAGCAGGGGAAGAAUGAGAAGACCCGUUUAGAGGUUCCAGAGGUAAAGAAGAGAAAAAACACCUCCUCCGAGCAGUCCCCAGAUACAUACAGGAGACAAGACAGCAACAACCAAUCAGAUCUGAAAAAGCCACCUGGUCUCAAGCAGCAGAGACCUGAGAAUGUUCUUCCAGAAACUUCCAGAAAGUUAAAUAAGAAAAAUGUCGUCCCUGCCCAAGAACAGAUGAAUGGAUUGAAGGAUUCCUGGGCUGCCUGCCAGACCUCUUUCUGUCUGUCUCCUCCUUUAAUUGAGAGGAUGAGAUCUGCUGAGAGGUCAGCCCAAACCUUUGGUUUGACCUGCUCCCCUCUCCUCACCCCACGGGGGUCCCCACUCCCUGCCUCCCUUGACCCACCCUGUGAGGACACCCCCUCGCCAAUCCUGCUGCUACCCAAACCUCGCUCUACAGUCAACAGUAAAGGAAACUUCAGGGCCUGCUCUUUCUACAGUGCAGAAAAGAAGCGCAACUCAACCAAAACUCAAUCUAUCCAGUCUGUCCCCUCUCUCCCUUCACUGACCCCUAUAGGUCAAACCCCUGCACACGGUGCCGUCACUGGACCUCGUACAACAGAGAUAAGUCCAAUCCAGCAGCAUCUACCCUCAACACCUCGAUCUCCUUUGUCUCUGUCCGCUCGGCCCCUGUUGACAUCCACACUCCUCGAGCUGGACAACCCGUCCAUGCCCUCUCCUCCUCAGUCUCCAUUCCCAGAAGACACCGUCAACCAUGGGAGCCAUUAUAGCUUUAGUAAAGUGUCUUCAGUAUCCUGGCUUUCACUGAGCCAGUCAUCCACUAAGUCAUCAUUACUCACUAGAAGAGUAAAGGACAGCCCUGCUGCCCUGGCUGUGUCUCAUAAAACAGAGAAAACACCAUCUUCAGACCGAAAGCCUGAACAGCUUCUUAUCUCAGGACCCAGUCGCAAGCGCCACACCUCCUCGUCCAGUAGUUCAGAGGAAGAUAAGAAGGAAGAGAGGAAGAAAAGCAAGAUGAGAGGGCAGCGUUCUCCUCGGAUUAAACCAAGGAAGUUGUUCAAGUCCUUCGCUGAGGUGUCUGUUGAGGGUGAGGUGAGCCACGUGAUGUCUUCUUCCCACACGAUGAGCUCCAGUCACUGGGAGGCUGAAGUGGGGGAUGGAGACAUGGACAUGGACGAGGAUCUCGAGUUACCAGAAAAUGCUGUAAACCCGAGUAACCUGUGCCAGCAAUUCAGCUCUGAGUUGAAGAAGAAGUUCCAGAACCGUUUUAACAUGGUGGAGAUUUACAACAAGCAUUCUUUGAAGACCGUCCAACAACAUGUCUCCUCCCUCAGCACGCAAGUUACCAAAUACAGGACUCAGAGGCUUGAACAGGUUCAGAAGGUCCUCUUGGAAGAGAUCCACAAACUGGAGCAGGAUGACACUGUGCUGAAAAGCAUGGAGAAAGACCUGACGAUGUACUGGAAAAAGCAGACCGUGGCUUUCCAUUCUUACCAGGAGCAGGCAACCACAAGAAAUGAGGACCUGAAGAAAGCGCUUCAGAGCAAUGUGUGUCACAGCUUGGCGUAUGAGGAGAGAAUGUUCACAUCCCAGAUGGGCCUGAUAAGAAAAGACAUGAAGUCAGUUCAGGACAGACUCCUCAGCGAGAUGCAAGAGGGCGAGAUCCAGAGUGUGAAGAGAGGCCUGCAUGCUUUGUUUUUCCCCUGAUGGAGCCAUGUUUUGAGCUGAACAAACUCCUGCCAAGGGUCUCUACACUAUAAACAAGGUUGUGCAUUUCACCACAUGAUGUACACUGUGCUGUGUACUUCAGCUGUGCUGGUUUUAUAUCAAAAUGUUUGUCUGAAAUGUUGAUUGUUCCUAGUUCUGCUUUUAUUGUAUGUUGAUGUGUUUGGUUUUAUUCUGACAUGGAUGUGUUGUUUCUCAAUGUUUUUUUUAUCAGAAAUGUCAUGUUAUUCUGAUAUUUGAUUACAUUUACGAAUUCAGUAAUUUUAGUGUUAAUUGAUAGAAAGUACAGGUAAUUUUUGCCACUGUGAUAUUUUUAAUACAAAUUCCUGAUUUAUUCAUGAAGGUUAGUUAAGUACUGAAAAAUGACCAAUUAAACAUUUAAAUUGUUAAAUCUAUCAAUUGUUUUAAAUAAAACUGUUUAAAAAUGAGAUAAGCCAUUCUUAAAAAAGACCUUGUAUUUUGAAGACAAGUAGUGCUUACAAAGGUAUUUCUCUUUUCAGUGAAGACAUUGACAGUCCCAUUCAGAUUGACAUACUGUAUGUACAGUUAAUAUCAAAUUCAUCCCCAAUACCACUUCCCCCAGACUGCACAGUCUUUACACAGUCCAAGUGACACAUUAUCAGUUAAGAAAAGGUGAAGCUGGUCACAUGCACAACUUCUUCCCAUUACACGGACCCAUACCGCCUUGUCAAAGGAGUUCAUGAAAUAGUACAAAAAAA